AUGGAAUUUUUUUUUUUUUUUUUUCAGGUAUAUGCUGAACCAGUUAGUCUUAUUAUUGGUAGUGGUGCCAUUAUAGCAGUUUCACUCUUUUCAUUCUUUAGUAGAUGUGCUGUGUAUGAAUGUUGCAGUGAAGGAUGGAUUCAGUUGAGAAUAGCCGAUUUGCAAAAUACUAUGCAGACACGAUUAUAUGGCCAACAUUUGGCACAGGAAACUGUUGUUGCUGCGAUUCAGUCACAUUGGAAUAAUAAGAAUCCAACGAAAGCUCUUGUUAUGUCGUUCCAUGGAUGGACUGGUUCUGGCAAGAAUUAUCUGAGCUCUAUGAUUGCAGAUAGUAUAUUCAAGAAAGGUAUGCGAAGCAAUUAUGUGCAUAUACUUAUUUCUACGCUUCAUUUUUCUAAUUCUAGAGAAAUUCCAGUUUAUCGAGAUAAAUUACGUCAGUGGAUACAUGGCAAUGUUUCUCUGUGUGAGCGUAGUCUUUUCAUAUUUGAUGAAGUUGAUAAGAUGCCCGCAAAGGUUAUGGAUGUCAUAAAACCUUUUGUAGACCAUUAUAAUAAUGUUGAUGGAGUGGAUUACCGAAAGAGUAUUUUUAUAUUUCUAAGCAACACUGGUGGCAAUGAAGUAGCACAAAAAGCUUUGUCGUAUUAUGAACAAGGAAAAAUAAGAGAAUCGAUAACUUUGCAAGAAAUGGAAGAAAUAGUCAUUUCAAAUGCUUAUAAUGCCGAGGGCAAGUUUUUCAUUCAUAUAAUUCAUUUCCUUAUCGUUUCUUUUUCUUGUGGACUAAAAAUGAGUGAACUGAUAUCGAAUCAUUUGGUUGAUCAUUAUGUUCCAUUUCUUCCUCUCGAGAGGCGUCAUAUUUUAUUAUGUAUACGCGAUUAUUUGGAAUUACGUGGUCUCCAUCCAACUAAUAAUCAGAUUACUGCAAUUGCUGAUUCACUUCAGUAUUUUCCAAAAGCGAAUCCGAUUUAUUCGUCCUCAGGAUGUAAACGUAUUGCUCAUAAGGCCGAAUUAUUUAUAUCGAUUGAGAAGGAUAAAGAAAGAAAAAGUAUGAUGGAGAAAAAUUCUGACGAUGAUGAAUUGUAA